GUGUGCCCCAGCCAGCUCUUUACGAUACGAGUAUGUUAUUAUAAGGUAGUAAGGUGCUGUUUUCAACAGUAACGUGAAUAGUGUCCUGAAGUAUUUAUACAGUACUGCGUAAAACCAUGAAAAUAUUAAUGCAAUUAAAGCACUUACACAGAGCUUUCAAGCAACUCAGUGCGACGAGAUGCUUAGGAAAAUGGAUCGUUUCCCAGUCCAGAGCUUACUCGAAUACUCCACAAGAGGAACUCCUGCCCAGCACUCCGAUGCUAAAACAUCUCGCAUCCAAAAUCCAGUCAACUGGCCCUAUUUCAGUAGCUGAGUACAUGCGAGAAGUUUUAACUAAUCCAGUUUCGGGUUACUAUGUGCGUAAUGAUAUGUUAGGACCCGAAGGAGACUUUGUAACAUCGCCUGAAAUCAGCCAGCUCUUUGGGGAGCUGCUGGGAAUCUGGUGCAUUAGUGAGUGGAUGGCUGCGGGAAAACCGAAGGAAUUCCGACUGGUGGAGUUUGGUCCUGGAAGAGGUUCCUUGGCCAGCGAUAUCCUGCGGGUGUUCGGCCAGCUGAGGUCAGUGCUGGCCGGGUCCAGGGUGUCCAUUCACCUGGUGGAGGUGAGCCCCAAGCUGAGCGAGGUGCAGGCGCAGCGUCUCACCGGGGGCCGGAGCGAAGCUGCGGGCAGUGAGAACGACCCCACCUACCGCCAGGGGACCACCGACACAGGCCUGCCCGUAUUCUGGUACAGGGGUUUAGAUGACGUCCCGAAAGGCUUCAGCAUCUUCCUUGCCCAUGAGUUCUUUGAUGCCUUGCCGAUACACAAAUUCCAGAGAACAGAGCAGGGCUGGAGAGAGGUGAUGGUUGACAUUGAGCCCCAGGUUCCCAAUAAGCUACGGUUUGUUUUAUCACCAACACCUACAUUGGCUUCAUCCACUCUCCUGCAGGCGGAUGAAAAGAGGGACCACGUCGAGGUUAGUCCAGAGGCCGGGGCUCUUAUUCAGAGGCUGGCCGGGCGGAUCUCGCAGGACGGAGGAGCGGCCCUCAUAGCCGACUACGGCCACGAUGGAACCAAAACCGACACGUUCAGAGGUUUCCAUGGCCACAAGCUCCAUGAUGUUUUAAUGGCGCCAGGCACGGCGGACCUGACGGCGGACGUGGACUUCAGGUAUCUCAGGAGAAUGGCGGGAGACGGCGUGGCCUGUUCUGGUCCAGUCACACAGCUGCAGUUUUUGAAAAACAUGGGCAUUGAUGUGCGGCUACAGGUUUUGCUGCGAAGUUGUACGGACACAGCCUCGAGGACACAGCUGCUGCAUGGAUUUGACAUGAUCAUGAACCCCGAGAAGAUGGGAGAAAGAUUCAAGUUUUUUGCCCUGGUGCCUCACAGCAGGCUUGCCGUGCAAGCGCGAGGGGAAAAGACAGAGAAAAAAGCACCAGCUCCACCCCCUGUGGCAGGCUUCAGUGACUUGAAACUCUGACUGUGAAGGCGAGCUGCUGGCUCUCACUCAGCUCUGACAGACCACAGCAUGCCUUAACACCUGACAGCUGGAGCAGAUGGACUGAUCCUUAUCACACGAGUAUUGUUUAUUUGCAGUUCCCCCAUUUUAAGCAAAUUAAUUUUAAGUACCUGUAAUAGACGCAAUAAACUAUACCUUCCCUUUUUAUUC